AUGUCUCUCUGGAACAUCGUGAACCCGCUUCGGCCGGACAGUAUCUUUCACGCCAUGACUCCAGCCCUGCAGCAGAUUCCGUUGCCUCUUCCAAAAAGAAGCAAUCAAUGGCAUAUCACCAGAUUUGGUGACCAUAUGCAUUUGAUCACUGUAAAUGAAAGUCCAUACUUGCAUGCUGCUUCUGCGCUCUCCGUGAUCAUGAAUUUUUUGGAUCAGCAGCUUACCUAUGGACAGAUGCAACUGUUUAUGUCGUUGUAUUCAUGGUCCGUUUCGGGAUCUGCUUUGUGGGAACGGCCCGGCCGCACUACUGCUGCUCUAUUUGUGGUUCGAGACGACGGCGCGAAGCGUCUGGUGGGUUGGAUUAAGAGCAAGGAUCGAGUGUCCCGCUAA